AUGUCUUCCGUCGAGGAUGUAUUCGUUAAUGACACUGAUGGGAACUUUACCCCGUUACAAAAUGAGUACAUUGAUCUCUUCAAUGUCGCUAACGACUCGAUGGAUCCAAUCACCAGUGAUUCGUCGAAUCAAUCAUUGGGAGAGGUCAACGCCACUGACAUCGAUCCAUUCUACUUUUACGAGACGGAACAGUUCACAGUGCUGUGGCUGCUGUUUGCUGUAAUUGUGGCGGGCAAUACAGCGGUACUGGCGGGUCUGCUUCUGGGAAAACGCCGGAAAUCACGAAUGGACUUUUUCAUCAAACAGCUGGCGCUCGCUGAUUUACUGGUUGGAUUAAUCUCGGUGUUAACAGACAUCGUAUGGCGUUCGACAGUCACCUGGUAUGCCGGGAAUAUAGCCUGCAAGCUCAUAAGAUUCAGUCAAGUCCUAGUCACAUACAGUUCAACUUACGUUCUGGUGGCGUUAUCAAUAGACAGAUAUGACGCAAUCACACGACCGAUGAAUUUUUCCGGAAGUUGGUGGAGAGCUAGAGCCCUCAUCGCCGCUGCCUGGGGAUUGUCAGCAGCCUUCAGCAUUCCAAUUAUCUUUCUUUACGAGGAGACAGUGGUGGAGGGAAAAAAACAGUGUUGGAUCGAACUGAGUUCUCCACUCAAGUGGCGUGUUUACAUGACCCUAGUCAGUUUUACGUUAUUCGUAAUUCCAACCUUCAUCAUCGGUGGAUGCUAUACUGUUAUUGUUGCGACAAUAUGGUCGCAGAGUAGUGUAUUGAGACAGGGUCCCAUGAGGGAUAGACGAGCCUCUUCCAGGGGGCUCAUACCUCGGGCCAAAAUUAAGACUGUUAAGAUGACGUUUGUCAUUGUUUUUGUGUUCGUACUGUGCUGGAGUCCCUACAUUAUUUUCGACUUACUCCAAGUCUACGGCCACAUACCGCGCACACAGGCCAAUAUUGCAAUAGCAACCUUCAUCCAGAGCUUAGCUCCACUCAAUUCAGCGGCAAAUCCGAUCAUCUACUGUUUCUUCAGCACGUCAUUCUGCAAAACCGUACGGAACCUGCAGGCGAUUUCCUGGAUUUUUGGAUGGUGCCCUUCACGUACACAUCACUGCUUUGGCACCAGUAAUAAUCACCACAGCACGAGGACAACAAUUACAACAUCACUGACAGCACAGUCGUCGAGGCGUAGCAACCACAUUGCUAUGAUACACUCGACAUCUCGAAAACAUGUGAUGGUGUCUCUCGUUUGA